CGUUGCUGUUGGUGUCGUUGGUCGAUGGCUGACGUGUCGCCGAUUUCGCCUUCCUCAAAGCCUGGGUGUAUUUUAUAUAAGAAUGAAUUGGCUCAAAAAGCGGUCGAUAACUACAAUGAAAAGUCGAACGAUCUCUACAGAUGGGAUAUUUAUUCGAUCGAUGAUGUUCAACAGAAAAUGCACAACGGAAUUCAGUACAACAUGAAACUGACGUUAGUCCAAACCAACUGCCGGAAAAUGGUGAGUGUGAGUUCUCCGCCGGGUUUGUCCAGCUUUUCAUUCUCAUUCUCAAUACCAAUUUUUUUUUGCUUAUUUUUCAAUUCCUAUUAUUCCUUCUUCUCUGAUUUCAGAUAUAACAAGGCACAUAGCGAUAAACAUGAGACAUUGAAACGAUUCCGAAUUUUCAAACGGAAUCUGAAGGUAAUUCGAUUAUGGCAAGAAAGAGAAGAAGGAACGGCAGUGUAUGGAAUUACACAAUUUUCCGACCUCACAGCCGAUGAGUUUAAGAAGAUUUAUCUGCCGAACAUUUGGGAUCAACCAAUUUUCCCUAAUAAAAUCGUCGAUUUGGAAGCUGAGGGAAUAAACGUGACAGACGACUACCCAGAUUCUUUCGACUGGCGCGAACACGGCGCCGUCACCGAAGUGAAAAAUCAGGGAAACUGUGGAAGUUGUUGGGCUUUCUCGACGACAGGUAAUAUCGAAGGACAAUGGUUUUUAGCUAAGAAGAAACUCGUGUCGUUAUCCGAACAAGAGCUUGUCGACUGUGAUAUAAUAGAUCAAGGUUGUAACGGUGGACUUCCAAGCCAAGCCUACAGAGAGAUAAUACGAAUGGGCGGUUUGGAAUCGGAAAGCGAUUAUCCAUACGACGGAAAGGGAGAAAAAUGCCAUAUUGAUCGCUCGGAAAUUGCCGUGUACAUUAACGAUUCUGUAGAGCUGCCGCAUAACGAGGAGACUAUGAGAGUGUGGUUGGUGAAGAAGGGACCGAUUUCGGUUGGCGUCAAUGCGAAUCCACUACAGUUCUAUCGUCACGGUAUCUCACAUCCGUGGAAAAUUCUCUGUGAACCGUUUAUGCUCAAUCAUGGUGUGCUGAUUGUUGGUUACGGUACGGAAAGACGAAAACCGUUCUGGAUUAUUAAGAACUCUUGGGGACCAAAAUGGGGUGAAAGCGGGUACUACAGACUAUAUCGAGGUAAAAACGUAUGCGGUGUACAAGAAAUGGCCACCUCGGCUGUUGUACUCUAA